AUGCCCCUCUUAGCAACUUUUCUAGCCGUUACCCUAGUCAGCCUCUACACAGCAGGCUUCGCAACAAUCGUCAUAUUCGAUCACAACGAUAAGAAAACCUCCAAAGUGGAUGAGGAGACCGAAGAACUACUCGAGAAGAGAGAAGAUGAGAACGAGGGAUUCCUCGAGAAGCGAGAAGAAGAUGUCAGCCCCGAGCUGAUUCCAACGUAUAGUGGCAGCGCCAUCUUCCGUAAUGCUGUGGGCCCACCCGGCCUCUCAGAAGUCCCCAAGAAGCCCGAUAAAUGA